GUGAUUAUUAAUCUUCCGAGAGUUGUGUGAAAUCUCUUUAGAUAAGUUCAGGAGGCGGAGACUCCCCAGCGCUGCCUGUAGCUGAACCACAGCUGUAUAACGCUGCCAUAAAGCCCGUGUGGAUUCCUAGUAAGAUGGAUGCUCUGCAUAAGUUGAAGAUUUUGGUGAUGUUUCUGUCUCUGGCUACUUACACGGCCAUGGUGAUUAUGAAUGCUGGAAAUGCGACUGGGACUUUCAAAGGUCUGUUCAGGACGACCCCUGGAAACAUCUCGGCCAAGUACAGCACUGAUUUCACACCAGCUGGCUGGACAUUCCUCAUCUGGAAUGUCAUCUACUCCUGGCAGCUUGCCUGGCUUCUCUACGCCUUGUCAGGGAUCUGUCGAAGGAAUGAACUUGGAUAUGUCUUCAUAAAGCCAGACUUGCUGCCAAUUCCUUUUUAUGUGGCGUGGUGUCUGAAUAACGGCCUCAAUGUUGGAUGGCUCUUUCUGUGGGACAGAGAAUACCUCCUUCCAGCCCUGGUGUUCCUGGUAGUCCUCUCUCUCACCACAUGUGCCUCCCUGUUUGUCUCCCACCGAGCCUUGAGCAUCCAUUCCUCCUGGUUUGUGAAGGGUCACAGAGCUGAGCUCUGGCUCAUCCGCAUUCUGGUGCAGAACGGGCUGGCACUGUACCUGACAUGGACCAGCAUCGCCACGCUGCUCAACUUUGCUGUCGUGCUGAUCUACAAGUGGGACGUGCCCGAUGAGAAAGCAUCCACUGCUUCCCUGAGCAUCCUGGCUCUCGGCCUGGUGAUGUGGUUUUAUCUAGAGAACUACUUUCUUGACGAGUAUGUCCGCUAUAACCUCACAGUCUACCCCGUGGUCAUAGCAGCUCUGACUGGCAGCGCGUGCGGGAAGCGCUCGUUUUCAUCCCCACGCACCAACGACGUUUUCAUAGUUGUUCUGCUGUCACUGACCUGCUUGAUCUUUGCUGUUCGGCUGGGGCUAGUCGCAUGGAGACACUGGAAGAGACCACUGGAAGCAUCAGAAUCCCGAGGUCCCUCAGGCACAGUGGCCUGAGACCUCUGGCACAUGGUGGCUGAUACCUGAAAGGGAGAAAAAAGAGUUGGGCAUGUGCUGGUCCUCCCCUCCUGUAUCAAUUUCCUUGCUCUCCUCUCUCUCAUCCUCCAUUCCAAAGGCAGACGCCUUGUGCCUGCAAAUGCGUCUUGCCCCCACAUUCUCUUGGACCAGCUACUCGCAGCCCUGUCUUGAAUCCCUUUGGUUUUACCCUGGAAAAGUUCAGGAAAAGGUCCUGAGCACCUUUGUGACGCCAGGGCCGUGGCUCUCUCCUCCCACCAGUGCAAGGAGGCUUGCACACACAGUUGUUCUUGUUCUUUCCCGGCUAGCUCACUUUCCUCGAAGCGCAGAUCCAAGUGCACAGUCCCUGGCAUCCCAGGGGAGCAGGGGGAGGUCUGUCACUCCCUGGGCCAGCGGUGCUGAGCAUCCUCAAGCCCUGGUGCCGUCAGCAGAUCUCCUGCAGGCGGCCCCUGCUCCUUUCCCUGCUCCUCCUCAGCGUGACAGGAGCAGACACUACAAUCUGGUGUCUACCUUUGCAGUGGCAGCUCUGAUGUUUGAUAUUCAAGGGCGCAGGGGGGAGUGGCUGAGGAUUUCUGACACAACCGCGUUGCCUCUCCCUGAGCUGUGCACAGCUUGGGCUGGCCGGAUGUCUCUCACUGGGACAGGGUUCGUGGCUGCCCCGGGAGGAGGUUGGAUGUACAGAUGAGCUGGUGCCUGA